ACAAACAUCUCCUUGCUACAUACUGAACCUCCAAAUGGCUUUAGAAAAUGUCAAGUUGGGUCUUGCCCUGGUUUUUGUGACCAUGCUUUGUGGUUAUAAAGCCAUGGCUCAGUCAGGUUGUACCAGCGUGCUCUUGGGUUUAGCCCCGUGUUUAAACUACAUUACGUCGAACUCGACGACGACCCCAUCAUCGACUUGCUGCUCUCAGCUUUCGAGCGUAGUUCAAUCGCAGCCUCAGUGUCUUUGCUCGGUGCUCAAUGGUGGGGGAUCAUCGCUUGGUGUUACCAUCAACCAGACUCGAGCUCUGUCACUCCCUGGUGCUUGCAAUGUGCAAACACCACCAGUUAGCAGGUGUAACGCAGCUGCCAACGGUCCAGCAUCUCCCCCUGUGAGCUCUGCAGUAAGUCCUUCAGCUGAUAGUUCCGAUGACACGCCUGACACAUCGGUUACAUCAUCGAUGCCGAGCAUUCCUUCAGGAACUGGGUCUAAAACAGUCCCUACAACAGAAGGCAGCAUAUCAAAUGGAAGUAUCAUGGAAAAGCAGCUUGCUCUUACUCUCUUCACUCUGUUCAUUGCUUCAUACGUAUCGAUUAUCGCCUUAUAUUAAGCAUUUUAUGUGAACCAGGAGCUUCUUUACCUACUAGUUGACAGUAGCCAUUUGUAUUCCUGCUUUGUGAUGUAUGCUUAAUGGAAAUAUGAGACUCCAUUGCUAUA